AUGGUGAGUUACAGUUCCUCCGAGGAGGAAGAUGCCAGCAGUGACAGAUUAUCAGAUGGCCAGGAAGAAGGUCGUGGAAGAGUUACAGCUGAGGUCCAGGAAAUUGAAAUGGUGACUGGUAAUGGUCAUUGUUCUUCCAAUGGCAAUGGCAACACAUUUGAUUCGACAGGCAUCAAAACAGAACCUGAAAGGCGCAAGUAUUUGUCCCCAGUGUCAAAGCGCAGAAGAUUAACCGAAAGUAACAGUGGCAUGAAGGCUGAUGGAGGAGCUCCCUCCAUUUGGAACAGCAACAUGUGCCGUGAUCCUUCCGAGGCAACAGGAAGUCCUGUCACUGUUAGCCAGCAACCUGAGCCUGCUGCUUUGGAGGCGAAUCCUCGGAGGCAUGGAACCAGAAACAGGCCUCCCACCGCAAGAGCUCUAGAAGCUAUUGCUUUUGGACUUCUUGGAACCGGGAAGGGGAAGAAGGGUGACCUGAAGAACAUGGCAAGGAACCGGCCUUCUCAGCCAGCUCGCAAAGCCGACACCAAAGAUCAUGUUCCUACAGCUUCCAGUGGUGGCACAGAGUCCAGUGAUUGA